AUGCUCAACGAAUUGAACGAAGCAGGGAAGAGAAUAGGACUACGAAUAAACAGAAAGAAAACACAGUUCAUGAAGAACGCCUACUGUGAGGACGGAAGAGUACAAACCGAAGGCUCUCAAAUCGUGGAAACUUCGUCAUACGUAUACCUCGGACGUUCUAUAAAUAUGGGAAACGACUUGAAGGAAGUGCUGAAUAGGGGGAUGAGAGCAGCGCGGGCAGCAUUCGCAGCCGUCAGGGAAGCUACGGACCAACUGACGGACCAAGAUUUUCGUGCCUGUCUGUUCGACUCGACAUUUCUUCCAGCGCUCUGUUACGCAGCGGAGACGUGGGCGGACACCGCUACCACGUCUAGGAAGCUACUUACUACCAACAGAGCCCUUGAGAGAUGCCUUUUAAAGUUUGACCGGCGCAGACAACACCUAGCCGGUCUUCGCAGCUCCGACUUAAGAGAUAUGUCCUGUCUUUGCGACCCAGCGGAAUAUGUAUCGAAAGCAAAACAUAGAUGGGCUGGUCACAUCAUGAGAAGAAUCGACGAUGGAUGGACUUAA